AUGAUAUGCACCAGCAUUAUUCCUGGUCCCCACUCCCCCAAAGACCUCAACUCCUUCCUCCAGCUGCUAAUCAACAAACUUGUGGAGCUGUCUCAAGGUGUUGAGGCCAUAGAUGUGGUUAACAAAGAGGUUUUUGCUCUUUGUGCGCAUAUUCUUGCAGCGUUUGGAGACUUACCAGCAAUUGCAAAAUUGAUGGAGUUUGUAGGCCAUAAUGGCUGCUUCCCUUGUUGCUUAUGCAAGAUUAUGAAUAUUCUUGGUUGCACAGCCAAGAAUACAUCCCAUCUGUAUUGCCCACUCUAUUGUUCAGACAACACUGGACUUGACCCCUACAAACUCCCACUCUGCACUCACAAGGAGUGCCUUAAAGAUGGAUACAAUGUCCUCCAAGCUCCAAACAACACUGCACAGGCCAACUUAGCAACUGAUUACAGCAUCAAGGGUGUGACGUUGUUGGCUAAACUCUUGUCAAUCUGGAUCCCCAACUUUUUCCCUGUCAAAGCUAUGCAUCUUGUGUGGAUAAACUUGAUCCCUCAGCUUGCAGACUUAUGGCACAAAAAAUUCAAUGGAAUUGAUUCUGGAUUUGAGGAUUACCUGAUCAACAUGCUUGUCUGGAAUUCUAUGGGGGACAUAUCCCAACCAAAUAUUCCUAACCCCCAGGCCAAGGCACUCACUGUAACUCCUGAACUACGCGCACAGAUCUCCAAGUACUUGGCAACCACCUAUGAAGUACAAAUUGGAAAGAAAUUAGCUCUAGAGCUGAUUCCCAAUACACUCCAACAAUGGGGCCAAAUGCAAAUCACCCAGGGAGGCAACUUGAUUCAAGCACAAGGCUACCAUAAGCUACAAUGGGACAGCUGCAACACAUCAUUUGUUUGGUAUGAACUGCUGGCCAAUCAACUUGCUCAUCUUCCAAGAGCAACACCCAACUUUGUCCCAACUUCUUAUUAUGGUCAGCUUCAAUAUUUGUUUAAGUUGCCCCUAAAGCCCAAAAGUGUUGUCAAUCUGUCAAAGGAUGGAUCCAAAUAUCUCAUUCUUGCAUUCAUCUUGGAGGCACCAGUGGUUAUUGAAAAAGCUUAUGAAUACAGGGUCACAUGGUACAAGGGAAAGUUGGGAAGUGGGGAAGUGGUCAACGCCCUAACCAUACAGUGUACUAUUGGACAAAUUCAAGACAACAAGCGUUGGUGGAUCAUUGAUAGGAUUUACACUUGCUACGCGCUGGAUGAGCAAUCGCCUGGAAAUCCGACCCUAAUUCACGCAUCCGACCCCAGUGCUCAAAUCCGAACCCCUCAAAUAAGCCCGACCCCCGACGCAGAAUGUAAAUCCGACCCCCGGCCACGAAUCCGGCCUCUCCGAAAAUGUCCGACCCCUAACAAACCCAAGAACCCGACCCCCGAGCAGAAAUCCAACCCCUCGAGAAAUUCCGACCCCUGGGGAUUACAGACAUCCGACCCUCGAGAAAAAGUCCGACCCUUGAGGGGGUUCGGACUUAAAAAGCCGAACCCCAGCCGAAAUAACCCCCCGGCGCCGGGGUCCGGUUUUUCCUAG